AUGCCUGCCUCAGUGCUUCUCAACGGCUCUCAGAGACGUCCAGACCUGCACCUGGUUGGCGACGAAGACUCCGUUUACGAGCAAGACGUCAUCCGCAACCCCGGAAGCAUCAAGCCAUGGCUCGCCUACAUCCAGUUCAAGUCGCAACAUGGGACCGUACACGAGCGCGCCUUCGUGCUCGAGCGCGCCUGUCUUCAGCUCCCCCGAUCAUAUAAGCUUUGGAAGAUGUAUCUUACUUUUCGAGUCCAACACGUUUCGAAGCUGAACGCCAGCGUCUUUUCUGCCGAAUACCGCAAGGUUAACGCCCUUUUCGAGCGCGCGCUGAUCCUUUUGAACAAGAUGCCUCGGAUCUGGGAACUGUAUCUGAAAUUCCUGCUUCAACAGCCUCUUGUUACGACCACACGGCGAACUUUCGAUCGGGCUCUUCGCGCACUGCCUCUCACCCAGCACAACCGAAUCUGGUCUCUCUACAAGCCCUUCGCCAAUUCCAUUGCAGGAAUCAGCGCCGUCAAGGUGUGGCGCCGCUACAUGCAGAUUCACCCCGAGGACGCCGAAGACUUCAUAGAACUUCUCACCCAGGCGGGCUUCUACACAGAGGCCGUCAAGAAAUACAUGGAUGUCCUCAACAAUCCGCGAUUCACAAGCAAGCAGGGAAAAGGGCAUUACGAACUGUGGAGCGAAAUGGUCGACCUGAUGGUUGAACAUGCGGCUGACAUCGAGACUGGCCAUGAGACUGGCAUCGAUGUAGACAGGAUCGUUAGAAGCGGUAUUGUCCGUUUUGCCGAUCAACGAGGGAAGCUAUGGUGUGGUCUGGCCACAUAUUGGAUACGGAGGGGCAACUUCGAGCGCGCUAGGGAUGUAUUUGAAGAAGCUAUCACCACGGUGAUGACCGUCCGAGACUUCACUCUUGUUUUUGACUCAUAUACUGAGUUCGAGGAGUCUAUCAUUGGAGCUCUGAUGGAGGUCGCCUCAGAUCGCGCGGACAAGGGUAUUGUUGACGAGGAGGCGGAUUUCGAACUCGACAUCAGAAUGAUGCGGUUCGAGCAACUCAUGGACCGGAGACCUUUUCUUCUCAACGAUGUCGUCCUGCGCCAGAACCCCAACAAUGUGUCGGAAUGGGAGAAGAGGGUUGCCCUUUGGGGCGACAACAAGUUUGAGGUGGUCCAGACGUAUACGGCCGCCAUCGCGACAAUACAGCCAAAGAAGGCCAUAGGGGCAUUCCACCAGCUCUGGGCAAACUAUGCCAAAUUCUACGAGCGCGGGGGCGACGUACGGAACGCGCGCGUCAUCAUGGAGAAAGCUGUCAAGGUUCCGUUCAAGUCCGUUGCGGAACUGGCUGACAUGUGGAUUGAAUGGGCCGAGAUGGAACUGAGGAACGAAAACUUUGAUGAUGCCGUUCGGAUCAUGGCAAAGGCGGUGCAAGCGCCGAAGAGAUCGACAGUUGACUAUUUUGAUGAGACGUUGUCACCACAGCAGCGUGUGCACAAGAGCUGGAAGCUCUGGAGCUUCUACGUGGACCUCGUCGAGAGUGUCAGCUCUCUGGAGGAUACUCGGAAGGUGUACGAGCGCAUUUUCGAACUGCGGAUUGCUACGCCGCAAACAGUGGUCAACUACGCCAAUCUGUUGGAGGAACACCAGUACUACGAGGAGUCGUUCAAAAUCUACGAACGAGGCUUGGAUCUCUUCAGCUACCCGGUCGCCUUUGAGCUAUGGAAUCUGUACCUCACAAAGGCCGUCGAUCGCAAGAUUGGCAUCGAACGUCUGCGCGACCUCUUUGAGCAGGCUAUCGAGGACUGUCCGCCCAAAUUUGCCAAGGUUAUUUACCUCAUGUAUGGCAACUUGGAGGAGGAGCGGGGUCUUGCAAGGCACGCCAUGCGAAUCUACGAACGCGCGACCAGGGCGGUGGCGGAUGAGGACCGGGCGGACAUGUUCAAUUUUUACAUCACCAAGUCGGCAUCCAACUUUGGGCUGCCGUCGACGAGACCCAUCUACGAAAAGGCCAUAUCCACCUUACCCGACAAUGAGGCACGGGACAUGUGCCUAAAGUUUGCCGACAUGGAGAAGCGCCUUGGCGAGAUCGAUCGGGCGCGGGCUAUCUAUGGUCACGCGUCACAGUUUUGCGACCCACGCACCAGUCCAGACUUUUGGGCGAAAUGGGAGGCGUUCGAGGUGCAGCACGGCAACGAGGACACGUUUAAGGAGAUGCUGCGGAUCAAGCGGAGCGUGCAGGCGCAGUACAACACCGACGUCAACUUCAUCGCGUCGCAGGCCCUCGCACGCAGCCAACGGCGACCAGAGGAGUCGAUCGAUCCUGAGGCGGCCGAUGCUAUGGCAGCGCUCGAGCGACAGGCGAAGGCGCCCGUUGGGUUCGUGGCGGCCAGCGAUGCCGCCAAGACAACCAACGAAGCCGAGGCACCAACUGUAACGGCAAAUCCGGAUGCCAUCGACAUCGAUGACCUAGACGAGUAA